AUUGAGGAUGCACAAUUGCAUUUGACAGAGCUAAGGCAGGAAAUGGGAGGGAAAUGGAGGGUGUUCCUGAAAGAGCUUAGGAAGGUGAGCUACGUAGCAGCGCCGAUGGUGGCUGUCACGGUGAUGCAGUACCUUAUACAGGUUGUUUCGGUGAUGAUGGUUGGACAUGUUGAUCAGCUCUCGCUUUCCGGGGUCUCUAUUGCCACCUCUUUCACCAAUGUUACUGGCUUCAGUCUUCUUUUUGGUCUGGUUGGUGCAUUGGAGACUCUGUGUGGACAAGCAUAUGGCGCAGAGCAAUAUCAAAAGCUUGGAAUUUACACUUACACAUCCAUCCUUUGUCUUUGUUUGGUCUGUGUCCCAAUAUCUCUACUAUGGAUAUUCACAGACAAAAUCCUACAAUUGAUAGGCCAAGACCCUUUGAUCUCAAAUGUAGCCCACAAAUACUCACUCUGUCUCAUCCCUAAUCUCUUCUCCUACGCCGUACUUCAAUCGCUCGUUCGAUAUUUCCAGACACAGAGUUUGAUUCUUCCAAUGCUGUAUAGCUCUUGUGCAGCUCUGUGUUUGCAUGUACCUCUUUGUUGGGGUCUCACCUUUAAACUCAAACUAGGAAGUAUUGGAGCAGCAUUAGCUAUAAGCUUCUCUUAUUGGUUUAAUGUGCUUUUACUUGGGUUUUACAUAAAGUAUUCUGUAGCAUGUGAAAAGACUCGUGCUCAUGUGCUUUCAAUUGAGGUCUUUCUAAACAUUAAGGAGUUCUUCCGCUUUGCUGUUCCUUCAGCUUUAAUGGCUUGGAGAGAAACGUGAAGGAGAGAAAAGACAAAAAACUUGUAGGUUCCACUAUGCAGUUCUACCCGUUAGCCCAGCCAGGGCAAAAGGCCCCCCCAGGCCAGCAAAGUGGGACUCCAGAAUCCAGCCCGGGCAGAUAGUCGGCUCAACGAAGCCUGCGUAGGCCCAAAGGAAAGAACAUCUCAAGCUGUUGUCUGAGGAUGCUGAAGUCAGCAUGAUAUCAAAAAAAAUUAAAAAAUUAAAAACAAUGGAAAAAAAAAAAAAAA